UUGUCCCUCCAGGCAGAACUGCUGCUUCAUCUCACUCAUGGAUUAACCUGGUGCUUCUUUUUAUGAACAAACAGCUCACUCUACAAUGAAUGUGCUAGAGCUUGUGAAGAUUUUUGCGCUAAUUUUGAUGCUGUCAUGUCCAAUCAAAUGCCAAAACAGGAGGAAAGAUCAUAGAGACAGCCAGGUCAUCACAUACAAGGCCAAACCCUUGGUCUGCCCAGUGGAAAUCAUGUUCAUAGUGGACAGUACAGAGAAUGCCCAACCUGUGCUGUUUGAGCAGCAGAAGACGUUCAUCCUGCGCUUCAGCACCAAGCUCAUGCAGCUUCAGCCUGCAGGCUGGCGUCUGCGCCUGCGCCUCGCUGCCCUGCAGUACAGCAGCAAAGUAUCAGUAGAGCAUAACUUCAGAGACUGGCAGGACAUGGACGUCUUCCAGAGUCGGGUGGCCUCAAUGACUUUCAUUGGCCAUGGGUCAUACUCUGCCUAUGCCAUCACCAAUGCCACCAAGGUAUUCAGGCAGGAGACAUCCCCCAGUGGUCUCAAGGUGGCGCUGCUCAUGACGGACGGAAGAGACCACCCUCGCAGCCCCAGUGCCAUCACAGCAGCUGCAGAGGCCAAACAGCACAACAUCAGGGUGUUCACCAUCAGGCUGUCUGCACAGCCCAACCCAGAUACCAUGGGAACACAGCUACGAUCCAUUGCCAGUGCCCCCCCACAGCAGCAUGUGCUCAGUCUCUCUGACAGCCAGCUUGAUGAAAAACUCUUCAGUGAAAUAAACACAGUUGUUACAACAGGGUGCCCACAGCCAAAGAACUGUAGGUGUGAGAAGGGGGAGAGGGGUCGCCCUGGCAGUCUGGUAAGUAUGCUGUGAUUGGCAUGUAUCA